AUGUCUUCAGUGGACCCGAGCCGACCAGAUAUUGUCGCCUUUAUGGCCAAGGCGUCCGAUGCCUUGGGCCCUCCCAAGGACGUCUUUGCAUUUGGAGGCAACAACCCGCGAGUAACCGAUGAGCUUCUUCAGUUGGCUAUCGACGGCAAAAAGACGGCCACUACAUCGUGGCCCAUCCCGCAACCGCUGCACUGGGGCCCCGGGGACCUGUCAGUCAUCCUCAACGGCAAAGGAGAGCCCGCAGCUGUCAUGACGACUUUGUCGUUUGUCGAGUGCAGAUUCAAGGACGUGGCUGAGGACUUUGCGCUGGCGGAGGCUGAGGGAGAUUAUGAGGACUACCGGGAGGGUCAUAUCGCUUUCUACAGGCAGGAGGAGAACGGCCACGAGUUUGGUGACGAAAGCAUGGUCCUGUGCGAGCGAUUCGAGGUCAUUUAUUCGAGCUCCUAG